GGCCUAUGUGCGAAUAACACUGUGGCGAGUUGGGUACCUUACUUACCUACGGUCAGGAGGUAGGUCCUUAAUCAGAUACGUAACAUAAUCUUCUCACGUCUUAUCCUGACACUACCUACAGUCUGAUCUUCUACCUGGAUAUCUGAGGAGGGCUGCUGGGGUCAUUUUGCUUCGAGAUUAUUUAUAGGUCGCUUCAAAAACUACCUCGACCAACUUUACCGCCCAAAGUCUACUCUUCAACGUACUUCAAACUCGCGGUGUAUAUUAUUCAUAUUAUUUUCCCAACUAUCAGAACACGAUGGCUUCGAAGCAUCUCCCCACUAGACAGAUGCCUACUCGGCAAUUACAUCUAGGCCCUUCUAUGACAGGGGUCCUCAAGAUCGUGGACUUACCCUGGGCUCAUAAUAGCGAGAACACACGCUACGAAUCCCCUUUCGAUAUACUUCCAGAUGAAUUACUCCUCGCUAUUGUAGAGUUUGCGACUAGCCGUAAUAGACACCUCUAUAGCGACUGUUGUUUCGGUUGCCCAAAUGGCCGAACUGCCCUGGCGUUAACGAAGGUUUGCCGUCGUUUAAACCGUUUAGCGACACCACUCCUUUACAGUCACAUGAACCAUUACCUGCCCCCCGCCGACGGUUGCGAGUCUUUACGUCGUUCCUGGUCACAUCAUCGACAAGACUGUAAACACCUAAGGAUCGAUAUCGAGAAUCCGGGAAUUCUGACCAAGGCUGACUGGCUUGUUCUAAAUGACUACUUCAGGGGCUACAGCCGAGUAAGAUGCCUGAUAAUCAAAGGCAGAUUCGACAUAUCUAUUGAUGAGACAUGGCAGCUAGUUUCCGAUAUUUUGACUCAUAUGCCAACUUUAGAGCACCUCACAAUCAAAAAAGAUUACUCUAGCCCUCCGUUCCCCGGAUCUAUGUUAUCGUCUCUGAUGAAACACGACACCGUCUCGAGACUUCAGGCCUUGUCACUUUGGAAUAUAAGAAAUGCUGGAUCGACAGAGACCAUUGAAAACCGAGAUAACAUGGCUGCUUUGAGAGAUCUUAGAAUGUAUGGUUUCGAAAAGGAUGGCGGAGCUAUGGAACGUUUGAUCCGAUGGCCUAAACGGCUUCGGUCUUUCACUCUUGGGCACAGCUUCUACGACGACGACCAAGACUAUAUGGACCUAACCAUGCUCGGCUCCUGGCUUUCGGUUCACAUAGAGACACUCGAAGAAAUAGAUAUCGGCCCUUUAUCGCCCUCGGGUAAAGGUAAUAUCUUCGACUUGACCCAAUAUCGAGAACUGAAGAGCCUUGGGCUUUCCAGAUAUUUAUUCUCGGAUGAUCUGGAAUCUUGCGAAAGCGACGCGAAUCUGAUACUCGCACCGGGGCUUGAAGAAUUCUAUUGGUAUUUCGCUCUUUCCAAUGGCUUUUUUAGGGAACCCUGGAAUGCAUUUGGAGAAAGAGAAGAGCGAUGGCUACAAAAGCUUGUGGAUGUAGCAGUGUCAAAGUCAUCGCCACUCAAGAGGAUCUGCGUUAUCUUUAAGCCCGACCAGGGUUAUGCCACGGAGACGUGGCCCUGGGAUCAUUUAGUCAGACUGAAAGAAUAUUGCCGUCAAUUCGGCAUUACUCUCCAUUAUAGCAGACCACCCUUCGACAGGGGUGAGUGGAUGAAAGUAGUCUCCGCGAACCCCUCCGCGAACCCCCGCGCAAACGACGGAAGAGACAUUAGGGAAUACUUCACGCGGCUCAACCUCGACCAUCCAUAAUACUCCGUGGCGCUAGAAUUGCGGCUCCUUUCAGGCAGUGUCAACUACACAUGUUGGUGCCUGAUAUGGCAACGGGAGACAGAUAAUUCUGCGGUUUGCGGCAAAUCUAGCCGCUAGCAGAUAGAUAGCAUUGAGGUAGAUUUGUAGUUGAAGCUAUCGAGAGAGUAGAAUUAUUUCAUACUACUCUGACAUCGCUUCCGACAUGGUAACAUCGGCCGCUU